AUGGCUCUCGACACGGCCAACGUUUUCGAAUCUCAACCAUUCAAAGACAUGCCAACGUCCAACCUCCCACGACUAGUCGCUGACUACCACAAAGCCACAGACAGUCUAUUUCUUCGACAGUAUGACUUGGCUAAUAAGCUCUGUUUAUCGGCAAUUUCUGAAUUCUCAUGGUUGAUUCCUGCAACUCUAACUUCACAAGAGGCUAGAGAAAUACGGAAAAAGUUUUGCGCAUUAUAUGUAAAUGUUGUUGCUGCCAUACUAGCCGACAAGACACAGAUACAAUCAGAAGACCCCGAAAUCAGACGUUUGUUAGAUAGCAAACCGCAUGCGGUUGUCAGUGGGGUAUGGUCAAGAAUAGUGGCUGAGGCCUAUCUGAAUGAAGAAGGGGAAGUAGACGGAGAAACAGUAGUCGCUUGCGUGUUACUCUGUAUAAGUCAGCAGCUUCCUGAUCUAGCUCGAAGGGUUAUCGAAGACUGGUUAGCAUGUCUUCCAGACGCAAUAUUUGCUCACCUUCAGAAUGCGUCAGUCGGGGGGAGGACAGAUGAUGAAAUUCUGAAAUGUUAUGAAAAAGUUAUCGAGUUAUAUGUCGUUCAUGUGCUGACACGGCUCAAGGAAUGGAGUCUUGCAAGAAUGUUCCUAAGUGAUAAUAUGAUCAUUGAUGCGGACCGCAAGAAGGUAUAUGAAGACACGAUAAAAAGUUUAGAAAGCGAAUCACUAAGACCUCCAAUACAGCGGCAGUCAAGACCGAGGAAAGAGAAACCAAAGAAAGAGCAGGCAAAUGGACAUAUCAAAAGUCACCGCAAUGGAAAUAGCGUGGUCGCUAGGCAACUCUCCGUUUCUCCGUCAACGAGCAACAACGAGUGGUCCAUGGCUUCUACUACGAAUAAUCAUAAAAUUUUUAGUAAAGCUUCAUCUUCUUCGCAUACAACUGCAAGAGAGACAUCAAUUAGUGCUCGUAAGCGAGGACGAAAUUAUAACAUGAAAACGUCACCUCAAAUUUCACGGUCACCUGAUGAUAAUGAUCAAGUAUCUCGACCUACUGAGAACACUUUUGAACGAAUAAUGUCGAAGAUUAUUAUAAUUAGGGAUAGACUAUCUCCAUACUUGCAUAAUUCGUUAAUUGGUUCAGUUACUGCGGGGAGUUCUUCUAUAUUUAAUACGGGGAGUUAUUCGAUAUCUAAUCUAACCGUUUACAUGGCUUUAGUCUUCGGCCUUAUAGUGAUGAUGAUCUCCAGGACAACAAGAAAACAAUUGCGACAGGCUUUUCUCCGAAUCGUUUUCAAAAUCGUUCCAAUAUUGAAAGCCGCCACAUCAAUUAAAGAUAUUUAA